CUUCUUCGCCGGGAUCGAUGAAUGUACUGAAGCGAUUUCCGGCGAAUUUGAUUGCGAGCAGAUAUUACUACACUAACAGAGUUAAAAAGACGACACUUUACUCCAAAAUCAGUCCUUUAGGAGACCCAAAAUCAAGUGUUUACCCAGAACUCCAAAACUGGGUUCAAUGCGGUAAAAAAGUCUCUGUUGCUGAGCUUGUUCGCAUAGUUCAUGACCUUCGUAGACGCAAACGCUUCCUCCAUGCUCUUGAGGUUUCGAAAUGGAUGAACGAGACUGGUGUAUGUGUGUUCUCUCCGACAGAACACGCGGUUCAUCUUGAUCUUAUUGGUAGAGUUUAUGGAUUCGUUACUGCAGAAGAGUAUUUCGAAAACCUUAAGGAACAAUAUAAGAACGAUAAGACUUAUGGAGCGCUUUUGAAUUGUUACGUUAGGCAACAGAACGUUGAGAAGUCUCUGUUACAUUUUCAGAAGAUGAAGGAAAUGGGUUUUGUUUCUUCGUCUCUUACUUACAACAAUAUUAUGUGUCUUUACACAAAUAUCGGUCAGCACGAGAAAGUUCCGAGGGUUUUGGAUGAGAUGAAGGAAGAGAAUGUUGCUCUGGAUAAUUAUAGCUUUAGGAUUUGUAUUAAUGCUUUUGGUGCUAUGUCUGAUCUUGAGAGGAUUGGUGGGAUCUUGCGUGAUAUGGAGAGACGGCCGGAUAUUACUAUGGAUUGGAAUACUUAUGCGGUUGCUGCGAAGUUUUAUAUUGAUGGUGGUGAUUGUGAUAGAGCGGUUGAGCUUCUGAAAAUGUCGGAGUAUAGAUUGGAGAAGAAAGAUGGUGAAGGUUACAAUCAUCUCAUUACGCUUUAUGCUAGGUUAGGGAAUAAGAUAGAGAAGCUGAGGAAGUACUUACAGAAUGGGAAUCAUCGGGAAACUGUUACUGAUUUUCGAGUGCCUAACACUGUGAUUCGUGGAUACACUGGAAAAAGUAUGGAGGAGAAGGCAGAAGCUAUGCUUGAGGAUCUAGCAAGGAGAGGGAAAGCUACUACACCAGAAUCUUGGGGCCUUGUGGCUACUGCUUAUGCAGAAAAAGGUGCUUUAGAGAAUGCUUUCAAGUGUAUGAAAACUGCCUUAGGGGAUGAAGGAAGUUUGAAAGAAGUAGAAAGCUUCAUUGCAUCUCUUAGGAAUUGUAUCGGUGUGAACAAACAGAUGUAUCAUGCUCUUGUCAAGGCUGAUAUAAGAGAAGGGGGAAGUAACAUUGAUACUCUGUUGCAGCGGAUGAAAGACGACAAAAUUGAACCCGAUGAAGAAACCACAGUGAUUCUCAGCACAAGAAGUCCAUGCUAAAAGUUUCUUCUUCUUCCUUGAUGUGAUGAUACCAAAGAUGUCUUAUGAAUGUGAUUUCUCAAGGGAUGAGUCUUGCUUCAACAAUAAUAUUUGAUACCACAU